GGCUACAUUUUGUUUGCCAUGUAGGCUUUGAACACUUACAUUUGCAUUGGUGCCAAAGUUAAACAUAUAAUGGGAAACCUUUCUUAAAUGUCACCAUAAACUUGUUCAACUGGGGAUAUGAUAGCCUACGCUUAUUGUUAUUGGCAUUUUACAACACUUGAAUAAAGUGUAACUAUGAUAGAAACACCGGUGGUUGAAAAGCUGUAUUCUGCAUUCAUUGUCUUCGUUACCUUGACAUUUUUUGUUCUGAUAUGGUUGUAAGUUGUGUUGAUGGCAUUGCAAAAUGAAAGAAUGUUGUGUUUGUCUGUAUUUGUGAUGCAUCAUUGGGUGGAUGGGUGGGUGUCAAUCCACAUGUUUCCAGAGGAAGUUGCCUUUUUUACAGAAUAUUUGAAAUGGCCUACUUCAUGACAUUCACACCAGGCAGUGAAAUUGUACAUCAAGCCUCAUCCUUGAACAAAUCUCAGGCUCAGAGAAACUCAAUAUCUGGGAUUCAACUUCUGGAAUGUCAGUGAAAUUUGGGCUCCACACCGAGGUUUCAGCCAGAGCCGGUGAGCGCCAGCUGGGGGAAGCCUGAGAGAGUGAACGAACGAGCGAGCAAGAGAGCAGUCGUGGUCGUGUCCGUCCCUAGAAACAAUGCCCUCUGAGUGACACUGGCAGCCCAUCGAACCGCUCAGCAUGAACAGCGAGGAGGAGUUCUAUGACGCGGAGACAGGACUGGAAUCAGACGACUCCUGUGAGGUCAGCUUUAAAGAUGCGCUCGUGUACGAGGGCAAACAGACCUCCAAUGGCAGCGCACAUUCAGAGAAUGGGGUAUGGGAGAGGAGGACGACUCUCCCAGCACCCAUGUUUGCAAGGAAUAAUUUCAGUGUUUGGGGCUUCCUCAAGAAAUGCAUAGGCAUGGAGCUGUCAAAGAUCACAAUGCCCAUCCUCUUUAACGAGCCACUGAGCUUUCUGCAACGCAUCUCAGAGUACAUGGAGCACACAUACCUCAUCCACAAGGCUUGCACUUUGUCAGACUCCAUAGACCGCAUGCAGCUGGUAGCUGCCUUCGCGGUCUCAGCAGUGGCAUCACAGUGGGACAGAACUGGAAAGCCCUUCAACCCCUUACUGGGGGAGACCUACGAGCUCGUAAGGGAGGAUGAGGGGUACCGUCUGAUUUCGGAGCAAGUCAGUCACCACCCCCCUAUCAGUGCCUUCCACGCGCAGUCCCUCAACCAGGACUUUGAGUUCCACGGAUCCAUCUACCCCAAGCUCAAGUUCUGGGGAAAGAGCGUGGAGGCGGAGCCCAAAGGCACCAUGACUUUAGAGUUGCUCAAACACAGGGAGGUGUACACUUGGACAAACCCCUUCUGUUGUGUGCACAAUGUCAUUCUGGGUAAACUCUGGAUCGAGCAAUACGGCACGGUGGAGAUUGUGAAUCACAGCACUGGGGAUAAAUGUAUUCUGAACUUCAAGCCAUGUGGCAUGUUUGGGAAGGAACUGCACAAAGUGGAAGGGCACAUCCAGGACAAGAGUAAGAAGAAGCGACGCAUAUUAUAUGGCAAGUGGACCGAGUGUUUGUACUGUGUGGAGCCCAAAGUGUAUGAGGCCAACAAGAAAGCAGAGAAGAAAUCAGGAGGAGAUUCCAAGAAACACAAACAGGAGCAGAGUGCAGCAGGCGACGAUGCUGAUGAAAUGCCCGAGGUGCAGGAGACAGUCACCAUGAUUCCAGGAAGUACCCUGCUUUGGAGGAUAACACCACGACCUGCACACUCAGCUCAGAUGUACAACUUCACCAACUUCACCAUGUCUCUGAAUGAGCUGGAACCUGGCAUGGAAAAGGUGCUGGCACCUACUGACUGUCGUCUUCGCCCCGACAUCCGAGCCAUGGAGAAUGGAGACAUUGACGCGGCAAGUACAGAGAAGGACAGACUCGAGGAGAAACAGAGGGCAUCACGAAGGGAGCGAGCGAAAGAUGAAGAGGAUUGGUCUAACAGGUGGUUUCACCAGGGCACCAACCCCCAUACUGGUGCCCAGGACUGGAUCUACGUUGGUGGUUACUUUGACAGGAAGUUCACCGACUGCCCGAACAUCUACUGAUAGGCUGAGGGAGGGAGAGAAAGGGAGAGGAUGGUUUUGUUUGAGCCUCUCUGCCUCACUCUCUGUCUCUCUCUUGCCUUCUGGACUCAUAUCAUAUCCCCUCUGCUCUAUCCUCUCCUUACACUAUCUACAUAGUUUUUUAAAUAAUCCAAUAGAAUGUGAGAUUUGAAAUUAACGGUUUACUGAACUGACAGAACCUCUCAUCUCUUUCAAGUGACUCUUAAACUGGAACCAGGAAAGUCUGUAUUUUUGUUUGUUAAAAGUUUUUUUUUAUUCAGUUUGUUUAGAUUUAUUUUAUUUUUUAUUUUCUUGUCUGCAGUUUUAUACAACGGGGAUUUAUUUGCCAUUUGUGAUUGUUUAUGAUGAACAUGUUUCAACCCCCCCAGCACUUUGCUCUUGUAGCAUUUGCUUCAGUCAGGUGCUUGUUUUAUUGGAUACAGGUUGUGUCACUUGAUUAAGAGUGGAACAGGACGAAAUCCUCUAAAAUACUGUGACGUUUUGGUCUUCUAAACACUUUCAAACCAGGAUUUAGUCACCGAGAAUAAAACAAACUAUGAUAUGUGAAGCUAUUUAAACUUUCAAACAAAUGCUAAUAUUUGUAUCAUGUGUAUGGUAUGUAAUACCAUUUUUUUUCCCACUAACCUGACCUCUGUGAUGGUAGGCUUUCAGAAUAAUGGCAAUGCGGUUGGCAAAAUGCGGUUGGCUCACAAGAAGUUUGUGGAAAUCGGUUAAAACACUUAACUUUUGGUUAAGUGAUAUUUGCCUGAGAAAUUCCACCCAAAAGUCAAGCCAAGAUGGAACGGUGUCUCACCAUGAACGCGAUUAGCCCUAGCAUGGCCUAUCAGAGGGGUUGCUGUACUUUUUCAACUCAAAGUAAUGAGAGUGACAGUAGGACAGUCUCAGGCCAAAAUCUCAAACCUAAUCUCAGUGACAUUGAGAGGGUUGACCUCUGCCAACAUUUUAAACAUGCAUGCACAUCCUAGUCACAUGCAUGAACUGUGUUCCAGAGGUUUUUUUUUUCUUUUGAUUUUACGACUAGAACUCAGAAAUAUGAAGGCUGCUUCUAAUAAUGUUUACUUCCUCAGUAAAGUUGGGUUUAUAAAUUAUUAAGAUGAAUGAAUUAACAUUAAUAUUUGAAGACCUUACACCAGUGUGUGUUUUUGUGGUUGCCAAAGCAGUUAUCUCCUAGAAUCUAAAGCCAUAGAACGUUUUGGAGUGGAGGGUAAAUAUAUUUUCUCCCUCUUCUGGGGCAUAGAGAGUAGGUGAGUAGGGGCCUUGGCAUGCUUUUUGACUGUGUGGAUACUGAAUGUGAAGAUACUUUCAACACAAACACACACAAACAUGCGCAUGGUACCUGACACUUUUCCUUUCUUUUUUAUUUUUUUUAUUCAGCACAAGGUUAAAAUAGAGAGCGAGAGAGUUGAGCUUCUAACUUGGAUGUGUGUGUGUGUGUGUGUGUGUAACCUCUGGGUUUCCUUCCUAAGUUAUUGCUAAGAAAUGACCUCAGUGACACUGCUUUCAAGGCACCACAAUUCUCAACUGUCUUCUUUCUCAACAACAAACAUCAAGAAUCUCAGAUACUGUGCUUUCAAGGUCAGAGAAAGAAAAUCUAUGCAAACAUCUUACAGAAUGUCGUGUCUGUUUGAGCUGUCUUGUCUACAGUACAUUUGUAGAAGGUAGAUCUAGUCUGAAAGAAUGUGUCUGUUCGCGUACAGUCCUUUUAGUUGGCCUUAUGCAAGUGCAGGGUCUUUAACUUUGUCGGCUGGUUGCACUGUGCCACAGCUUCUGUGUACGCUUUGUAUGGGGCUAAAAUUAGGGCUGGGGUAUGACUUAAAGAGCGGCACAGGGCAGGGGGCAUUCCUGACUUACAUUGCGCUGAAGGUUUCUCCCCCUCCCCUCCCCACCACCCUCAGUCAACAUAACCUACUGAAAUAACGCUACAGUUAUAGAUUGUAAAUCAAAGUAUUGCACAGUAGCUUCAUCUGUAUUAUGACCCCCCACACCCAUACUGUCCAUGUAGUGUAGAAAGGAUAAUGUGAAUUCAUAUAUGAUCUAUACAUAACACCAUAUAUGGCAUAUCCAGAGUAGAAGGGGUGGGGUUCAAGAAGUCAUUGACGGGGCCAUGGUCACUGAAAUGGCUUAUCUCUUUAGUGUCAUCUAUUUUAGAAAAUCACUAGCUCCCCAAAUAAGACACACAAUGAAUGUCACACCCAUACCACCCCCACCACUCCCCCCAACACACAUCAAACUAUGUUGUCUCAUUUUUUUGUGUGUGUGUGUGUAUAUAGUGAUGUCAUUUAGCCACACAACGUAUACAAAGUGCAGCUACCUGAAUUGUGCAGAAACCAGAUGAGCAUUUAAACACCCAGGUCGAUUCGGCCAUUAAACAUUAUUCAGAUGUUUAAAGUUCUGAUACGUCUGCACAGUGAUGCUAAGUGCAUUACGCCUCAGUCAUAGAGAUGUUGUAAACCACUUACUCAUGCUUUAUAUAAUUGCACUCAAUGUUCUCUGUGACUUAUUUUGUCUCCUCAAAACCACAAUUGUACAGAUUUAUGUGAAUAGUCUACAAACGGGAGUAGAAACACUUUAUUGUCUCAUGUAAUGUAACUGGUCAUUUGUAAACUAGCAAUAUUAAAAUAAAUAAGAUGCCACCAUAAAAAAAAUAACAUUUUAA